AUGGAAUUACAUUGGGUUUUGAUGAGUGCUAUCACCAUUUUGGGAAGCUACCUUUUUGUAAAGAAAUUUGUAAGGAGGUUGAAUGGGUGGUAUUAUGAUCUGAAACUAAGAAACAAACAGUAUCCACUGCCUCCUGGUGACAUGGGAUGGCCUCUAAUUGGCAAUCUGUUGGCUUUCUUUGAAGCUUUCAAAUCUGGUCACCCUAAUUCAUUCAUCAACAACCUUGUCUCCAAAUAUGGAGGAACUGGUAUCUACAAGACUCACUUGUUUGGGAAUCCAAGCAUCAUUGUUUGUGAGCCUGAGAUGUGCUGGCGAGUGCUGACAGAUGAUGAGAACUUUAAGAUUGGUUAUCCAAAAUCCAUGUUAAAGCUACUGGCAAGUAAGCCUUUGGGUGAUGUCUCAAGUGCACAACACAGGCGUUUUCGACGCUUAGUCACUGCUCCCAUCGUUGGUCAUCACACAUUAGAAAUGUAUAUAGAACGUAUCGAGGACAUUGUGAUCCAUACGUUAGAAGAAUUGUCCAGCGUGAAACACCCAGUUGAGUUCUUGAAAGAGAUGAAGAAGGUUUCCUUUAAAGUCAUCAUUCACAUUUUCAUGAGCACCGAGAAUCAAAACGUUAAUAUCAAAAUAGGAGAUUUGUUUAAUGAUAUGCAUAAUGGUCUAUUCUCUUUGCCCAUUAACGCACCCGGUUUUGCUUUCCACCAAGCACUCAAGGCACGUAAGAAGCUCGUCCAAAUAGUUCAAUCUGUUGUGGAGGAACGGAGGUUGAUGAUAAAAAAUGGUCAAAGGGGAGACAAGAAAGAUCUUAUUGAUAUUCUUUUGCAAACCAAUGGUGAGAAUGGUCGGAAAUUGGAGGAUGAGGAUAUUACUGACUUAUUAGUGGCGUUUUUAUUUGCUGGUCAUGAAAGCACAGCAACUGGUAUGAUGUGGUCAAUUAUAUAUCUUACACAGCAUCCUGAUAUCUUGAAAAAAGCCAAGGAAGAGCAGGAAGAAAUCAUGAAGACAAGACCACCCUCGCAGAAAAAAUUAAGUCUUGAGGAAAUUAAGCAAAUGGCUUUCCUUUCUCAGAUAAUAGAUGAAACGUUGCGUCGUACCAAUAUUGUCUUUUCAACUUUUCGAGCUGCAACUUCGGACGUGAACGUCAAUGGUUAUAUCAUACCGAAAGGAUGGAGAGUGUUGAAUUGGGCAAGUACUAUUCAUAUGGAUCCUAAAUAUUACCCAAAUCCUGAAGAAUUUAAUCCAUCCAGAUGGGAUGAUUACAAUGCCAAAGCAGGAACAUUCCUUCCUUUUGGAGCAGGAAGUCGGCUUUGUCCUGGACGUGACCUGGUCAAACUUGAAAUUUCCAUAUUUCUACAUUAUUUCCUCCUUAAUUACAAGUUGGAACGAAUAAAUCCAGAAUGUCCUAUUACUAAUUGGCCAGGACCUAAGCAUAUAGACAAUUGUCUCGCUAAGGUGAUAAAAGUUUCCGGUGCUUAG